AUGACUUCGUCCGCACCCUCAGGCGCCGAGAGCGCUCAACCGCAACCGCUGCCACAACCGCAAUCGCAGCCGCAGCCGCAGAUUCAACAACAGCAAGAACAACAACAGCAAGAACAGAAACAACAACAACCACCACCACCACCACCUCCUCCUCCUCCUCCUCCUCCACCACCCCCAGAGGCCCAGCCGCCGCCACCACCCCCUCCGCCAGAUACCCCGUCCCAGUCGCAAUCGCAGCAGCAGUCGUCAUUACUACAACCUCAGCCACAGGUCCUCGAUGUUCCUGCUCUCAAGCUUGAUACUAUUACCCUCGAAAACGGCAUCGGCUAUACCCUCAAUUCGCCCCCGCGACCUGCCAUCUCUCCUCUGACUGAUCCAGUCCCCGACCCUCGUACCCGCGAACCUUCCGUACAGCCCCUAGAAACCGAACUCGAGACGAAUAAUGCCGCCGACCAGCCCAAGACGAACGGCAAUGUGCACUCCAGCACAGCGACCCGACCGAACACAGACCUCAAAGGUGGCAGGGACACCGCGCAGGUCACGGGCCUCGGGGCAACUGCAGGUGCAGCAGCAGCAGCAGCAGCAGGAGGAGUACCAACCUCAACCGUGGCAGGAAACUUUUCAAACCCAACUACUUCAGCCCUUUCAGGUCUCGCCAUGGACGGCACACCAAUAGCUCCCUUCAACAAUCACGCCCCCCAAGGUCUUGACGGCAUGGCCAACAUGGACUUCACUUCUUCCGCCAUCGAUCUCCUCCAGUCCCAGAACGGCCAUAUUCUGAUGACCUUCCUCCAGUCGCUCUCCGCAACCAACCAGCAACAACAGUUACAGCAAAUACCUCCCCUCCCGCCAAACACCGUCCGUCCUUCCCAGGUCUCGCUGGCCCAGAUGCAGCUCGAUCAAGCCAAUGCCACUCACCUGCCACAUACAACAACAGACCAGGGGGCACUCCAGCCACCCGUGGCCGCCGCCGCCGCCGACGCUUCCCUCGAGUCCUUUGCCAGACUAGAAUUCGCCGACGGUGUUUUCCAAAUGACGACCUAUGCCCUCAUCAUCGGUCGUGACCAGCGUGCCUGGAGGAUAGCAAAGGACGAGGAGCGUCGUGCUGAGCAAUACAAUAGAAUGAAACAAUCUGAGGAGGGCGGCAUGUUGGGGCCCGAGUCGGAUGACGACGAAGAUGAGGAGGGACGCCCGUCAGAUAACCGAGCUCCGAAGAAACGGAAGAUGAACGGCGGUGUACCUGUUCCUGUGGAUUCGUUUGGAGAAGCUGAAAUGAGCUCGAUACCUGGUGUCACAGCUGUUGGUGAUGAAAAGGGUCCUGUGUCCAACAGACAAUAUGUCUCGCAUACCCCAGGAGCUGCAGCUGUUAAUCUCAGCGCUCUCCGACCCUCUCCACACCACACACCUUUCCUGGGUAUUCAUUCUCCAGGUCCCAACAUUGCUGCCAAGACAAAGGCUAUCUCCAGAGAACACUUGAAGAUUCAGUUUAACCCCCAGGCUGGCGUCUUUGAAGCCAUCCCCUUGCACAAAAACGGCUUCUUCUGUGAAGACGUCCACUACAGCCACGACAAGGUGGUUCUCAAAAGCGGAGACCGCCUUCAGGUCAAGGAUGUCGAGUUUGUCUUCAUCAUCAACGGCGUGGCCGAAGGCAAGACCGGUGCUGAAGAGUAUGAACCAGAAGAGACACCUGCGAGGAGGUACUCAGAAGGCGGAAAGGAGAUGAGCUUCGAUUUCGAGAGCAUUCACGAGGUCGACAGGCGUAGCACCAGUCCCGAAGACAAUGCAGUGCCCAUGUCCGUUGAUCCUGACCGAGACGACAGCCAAAGUGAGCUGUCAGAACCUCCAGACGAAGAUAUCCUCCUGCCCGACGCACCGGACCAUGUCAUGGAAACGGUCGAGAAGGAAGAUGUUGAAGAAGAUGACGAGAGUGACCGCCGCUCUCAGUCUCAGUCUGUGAAACCUGAGCCGAGGCCAGAGUUCCCCGACAUGUCCAGCGUACCACUUAUGGAUCCUCCCAAGAAACGAGGUCCUGGAAGGCCCCCCAAGAACGGCAUCAUGUCUAAGAGAGAAGAGAGGCUUCGGAAAAAGCAGGCCAUGGAGCUUGCCAAAAAGAACCAACCGCCUCAGCCUCUUGGAGAGCCGCCAGUCAAACGCAAGGUCGGUCGGCCGAGGAAGCAUCCUCUUCCUGAGGAUGCCCCGGAUAGACCCGAGAAGCGCAAGUACAAACCGCGCAAGAAGAACGGAGAAGAGGGCGACGCCUCUGACGCCGAAAAGACCAUCAAGGAGAAGCGGCGCGAGAAACCCAAGACGCCUCCGCUCGAGCUCCGCAGGGAGGAUUAUACCGAGGAACAGCUGCAGAAGCCAAACAAGAACUACGGCGUCCUGAUCGACGAAGUUCUGUCUGCCGCGCCGGACGGGCUCACACUCAAGCAGAUCUACAAACGAAUUCAGUUGAAAUAUCCGUUCUACUACUUCAACGUGGAUACCAAAGGGUGGGAAAGCAGUGUCCGGCACAACCUCAUUGGGAACGAUGCGUUCAAGAAAAACGAGGAGACUCACCUCUGGAGUCGCGUUCCCGGAAUCGAUAUCGAUGCUGGAAAGAAGCGCAAGGCACCCUCCCCUGACCACGCCGCCUCCUUACAUAACUUCGGCCAGCACUAUGCACCGCAACCCAUGCCUGCUCAUCCUGGCAUGUACCACGGAGAGCACGGGGUCCAACAAAGCUAUCAUCCAGGCACUAUGGGCCAACGACCUAGCUAUGUCACUACCGGGCAGCCAGGAGUCAGCCAACACCCGCCUCAGCAUCUUCCAACUCCCCAGCCCGGUGUUCCGCCUCAGCAGCCUCCUCGGCCAACUUACCAGGCUGCUGCUCAAACAAGCCCGCCAGCACAGGCCCAAGUGUAUGGUACGCCGCCUACCGCAGCGCGCCAGAUGUCAGGUACACCUGCCGCGACAUACUCGUCACCAUACGUACCACGGCCGCCCAUGCCGACUGUUGCGGCACAGUCUGGUGCCACUCCCCACAGCAUGGCAAGACAGCAUUCUAUCCCGGUCAACGGUCCAAGCCAGGUAAACGGUGUUCCACGGGUCAACCCACCACCCGCUACUGCACAUACUGGAGUACCGGCUGCCAGCGGGGCUAGGCCGGCUCAGCAAGCUACACCAACAACGAAUACCACGUCGCCAGUGCAGUUCAGUCCAGUUAUCGCGCCGGAGCUUAUCUCAUGGCUUGAGAGCUUCAAGGUUACGGUUGAAAAGCUGGAAUACAUCCAGAAGACGUCGAAGUUUCCGCAGAUCCUCGCCAUGUCUGUUAUCAACCGUGGCUUGAAGUUAACCACAAGAAGCAUGAUACCUGAUGAGGAAUCACUGGAGUUGGUUGUGCUCCGUGUCUUUGAGGAGCGAAUUCAAGGCACCAGCCACAAAUCGCUUGAUCCAGAUCUGCUGCAGACUCUACUCACCUUCAAGGCCACCAUGGUGAGCACUCUGGAGGCCAAACUGGACUCACGGAAGGCCGAGUGCUUGGUUCUCUCCGCUAUUGAUCAGGUCCUGGGCUUAGCUGACAAGACCAUUACGCGAGGAACGGAGGCUGAGAUGCGGGAGUUCAAUAAUGCCGAAAAGGUUUUGAUUCCUGCUAUCAAAAUGAAAGUGGCAGAAUGGCAACGGAAACAGGCAGCCGCAACGGCACCAGCACCAGUUCAUGUGACAGCAACUCCAGGCGCACCACCCGCAAACCAUCAUACGAUUGCCCCUGCGACAGCUCCUGGCGCGGCUCAAAGAGUUGCCACACCGAGUAUGACCCAGCGAGUCAACCCCCCGGGCGGUGUUCCUUCGGCAGUGCCUAGAACCAUCACGCCCGCAGCGCCGUCUCCCGCUCCGGCCCCGUUGCUUCCUCGAGCUGCACCCACCUCCGGACAACCUAUCGCACCCUCGACGGCUAGCCACACGAAUGCCGCAAUGGGAGCUCGACCUGCGUCCGCCGCUGUCUCGGGCCCUGUACAGUCGGGGCCUUAUAUGGGUGUUCACGCCGGGGCCGCUACGGGAGUCACUGCCCCUGUCUCUAGAAGCCCGCCUCUCACUCAUGGUGUUAGUACUGCAGCUCCAACUGCCAUGCCACGAAGCACUCUGGCUGCCUCUGUCCCAACAGGUUCCGUGGGCCAACAGACUUACUCCGGGGCACCAGCGGGGCCAACGAAUGCCUCGAUCCCCAGAGCUCUUCCUUCCACGGGGGCCCCGGUUGCUUCACUCACAGCGCCGACGUCUGUCACGCCAAUGUCUUCCACGGUCCGUCAAAUGUCUUACGUGCCAACCGGCCCUCCGGGCUUGACAGCGCCUCCCUCAGCCUCCUCAGGAGCGGGCGCCGGGUACACUAGGCCUACCAAUGCUUCCACGAUGCCAGCAUCCACUUCUGGGCAGGGACCUAUGACAUCGGCUGUCUCUCAGGCUGUACCUUCACCAAGGCCAUCGUCUUUGACAACUGGUCAAACAGGAGGUCCUGCGAGUACCCCUGCCUCAACCCAAAGGCCUGCAUCUGGGGUCUAUAAUCCUCCAGCAUCGUCACCUGUGCCUUCUAGUCAGAAGAGCAUGCCAUCAGCACUCCCGACAACUGCUUCUGGGACCGUCUCAUCAACUGUAUCUGGCCUUGCGGCGACUCCUUUGCCGCCGUCUUCCGUUCCUAGAUAUAGCCCGCCCAACCAUGCCACAACAACAACUCCAGCAGCGGCUAUCCCUCGAGCUCCUUUGCCGGCUGCCCCAUCAGUCUCUGCUCCAUUUACCGGCCAGCCAUUAAUGUCUGCACCGGGAUCGGCAUCCACACCCUCGACAGGUGCAGCCCCUCAGGCAGCUCAGCCGCCUUCUCGACCAGUCGGUCCAGCUCCAGCUAUCUCUAGUCCUACUCCGGUUACUCCAUCUGCUUCCACCCCGUCCUCAGCGCCUGCUGCUUCGGCUCAAGCCACUCACGCAGCUGCCCAACCUCCUGCUGCUCGGGCUACGGCCAAUCCAGCUUCGGCUGCCCAUUCGAUUUCUCAGCCGGUUGCUCAAGCGAUUGCCCGACCGGUUACCCAUUCCCCCGUCCAGCCGGUAGCACAACAUGUGACUUCUGGUCAGGUGUCCACUGUUGCUCAUCCAGCCGCACAGGCGGUUCCUCGGCCUGUUAGUUCCACUCGUGCUCCAGCUACUUCGGCGGUUGCUGUGGGCGCAACUCAAGUGGCUUCGGCACCUGCUAUGACACAGCGGGUUGCACAGGUAGCUCCUCAACCGGCUCCUUCAUCGGUUCCCCAGUCGCUUCCUCGGGCUGUUUCUCAGUCGGGUCCUCACAUAGCUCAUCAGACAGCACAUCAGGCAACUCACCAGGCUCCCCACUCAACUCCUCAGCCAGCUCCUCAGCCACUUCCUCGGUCAGUCCCUCAGACUGUUCCCCAGACGGCUCCUCAGGCGGCUCCUCAGGCAGUUUCUCAGCCGGUUUCUCAGCCGAGUACCUCAACUCCUGGCCCAGCUGCUCAACCUGGCCCAGCUGCUCAACCAGGCCCAACUGCUCCAGCUAUUUCUGUGCCUAGAGCCCCCGCUCCUUUUACCGCUCAGUCCGUUGCUCCAGCUCCGACUAGUUCCAAUCCGGUCCCGGCUGCUCCAGCAUCUCCGGCUCCAGCUCGAACUCCUGUUCCUGCUGCACCUGCUGCACCAUAUGCGGCUACGAACCCGGCUUCGGUUCCCGUUCAAUCUCAGCACCAGGCGGCGGGUCAAACUCGAGUACAGCAGCAGAGAUCACAAUUGCAGGCCUCAGCUCCGGUUACAACGAACAUUGCCUCUACGGCGCCGCCUCCGCCUCCUGCUCAGGCUCCUCCGCCGCCUCCACCUGUUGAAGCUUUUCCACCUCCUCCACCCCGCCCCGCCCCACCUACUCAGGCUCCUCCUCCUCCUCCGCCCCCGCCGCCUAUGGAAGCUCCUCCGCCUCAACCACCUCCCCCUCCUCCGGCGGAAGCGCCUCCCCCGCCGCCACCAACUCCUCCAAUGCCAUCUUCGGUAAGCGGUGCUUCUUAG